AUGCGCCAGCGCCGAGCACUGUUCUGGGCCUCUAUUCUCUCAGGGGCGGGAGCAUGGUGGUGGCACAAGCGAACGUUCCAAGAAGCCAAUUCGGCACUCGGACUUUCGGUCCCCACGUGGCCCACGACCGAGGCCGACACAUUCCAGAAAUCGCAGUACUCGAUUUCCAAGGCUGGGAUUCUGGCCAAUAUCGGUCCGAACGGGUCUAAAGACCAAGGAGCAUACAAGGGAGUCGUGAUCGCCAGCCCGUCCAAGGAGGAUCCCGACUAUGUCUAUACGUGGACCCGCGAUUCAGCAUUGGUGUACAAGCUCCUCGUCGAUCAGUACGUCUCGGGCCGGGACAACUCGCUCCUCCAGGGGAUCUACGACUGGAUCGCGAGUCAGAGGCGGUUGCAGCAGGUGACGAACCCUUCGGGGACUGUGAGCGCCGGAGGACUGGGAGAGCCCAAGUUUCAUAUCAACGAGACUGAGUUUACCGGGUCGUGGGGAAGGCCGCAACGUGAUGGCCCCGCACUACGAGCAACGACAUUUAUUACGUUUGCGAAUGAUCAACUGGGGAAGAACAAAAAGUCGUAUGUGCAGAGCAUUUGGCCGGCGAUUAAACUCGACCUGGACUAUGUCGCUCAGUUCUGGAAUGCGUCUGGGUACGACUUGUGGGAAGAAGUCUACGGCUCGUCGUUCUUUACGCUCGCGGCUUCCCAUAGGUCUUUACGCCAGGGUGCGGCGCUAGCGACCAAGCUCGGAUACGCACCUCUUGCAAAGACGUACACGACCCAAGCCGCAAACGUGCUAUGCUUCCUCCAAUCAUUCUGGGACCCGACUGGCUCGUACAUCAUCUCCAACAUCAACUCGGCCGACGGUCGAACGGGGCUCGACGUCAACUCGAUCCUGACGUCGGUGCACAACUUUGAUCCCGAGGCCGGGUGCGAUGUGGAUACGUUCCAGCCGUGCUCGGACCGGGCGCUGAGGAACCAUAAAGCGGUGGUGGAUUCGUUUAGGAGUAUAUAUGCGAUCAACGGGAAUUAUUCCAAGUCCGAGGGUGUGGCGGUUGGACGGUACGCAGAGGAUGUGUAUUAUAAUGGGAACCCAUGGUACCUUGCGACGUUUGCAGCGGCCGAGCAGUUGUACUAUGCGACGUACCAAUGGAUCAAAAUUGGCAAGAUCGAAAUCACGUCGCUCUCUCUUCCGUUUUUCCAGCAAAUCUACCCCACGGCCAAAGUGGGGUCGUAUUCCGUCGUAUCCAAGGACGGACUCGGUAUUCUCUUUGCGGUCCGGAACUACGCAGACCAGUUUGUGGUGGUGAACAAGAAAUUCGUGGGUCCCAAGGGCGGACUGGCCGAACAGUUUGAUCGCGCGACGGGGUUGCCGACGUCGGCUGUGGACUUGACAUGGUCCUAUGCGAGCGCAAUCACCGCGUUUGACGCGCGGUCGUUCAAGUUGCCCGAAUCGUGGGGUGCCAAAGGUCUGAACCCGCCCACUGGGACAUGCCAAGCGCAGCCGAUUCCCAAGGUAGCGGUGACAUUCAACCUCGUCUCUGAUUCCACCAACGCGUACGUGGUGGGACAGUUGGCGGAGCUGGGAGUGUGGGAUCCGGCCAAGGCAGUUCAAUUGCAGGGCACGAGUCCGAACUGGAGUGUGACUGUCCAGUUGCCGAUUGCGAGCACGUUCGAGUUCAAGUUUAUUCGUAAAAACGCAGACGGGAGUAUUUGGUGGGAGUCGGACCCGAAUUUGAGUCGCUCUGCAUCUUCGGUUUUUCGCGAAACCGUUAUAGCAAGCAGCCCCGGGCAGUCGGUGUCAUAUAUGGUCUCGAGUGAGCCGUCUCCGAGCACGCCCUCGACCAUGACGAGUGCCACGACGAUUUCCAACGAGAGCUCGAACGUGAACGGAUGGAGCGAGUUUCCGACGCUGCACGACUCGAAUGCGGCGAGGAGCACAGCGAACGCGAGAGACGACCACCCAGCGCCCGUGUCGAAAAAGAAGUGGGUGCCGAUCCCUGCCGCAGAGAUGCAGGCCGCGCUAGACCAGGCGCGUCCCCCUCGGUCUCAUUCGCACUCCCACUCACGCACUUCCUCUCGACGCAACAGUCCCGGAGAUCUCCGACGCCCACGACGAUUGCCCGACGAUCCCCACCGACGCCGCUCUGGCUUCAACACGCCCACCAACAAUCUCACUCAGCCCACGACCCCUGCUCCCUCCCAGCCCCUCAUCAAGCGCAAGUCUCCGACACUAAGCGAGCCUGUUACGGCCGUACGUCCUAUUCCCACUCCAUCCACUUGCACGCGCUUUGGCACAAUCGAUCGUCCCACCAGCCCCCCUCUCGACUCGGAACCACACAACCAUCCGCACCCUAAACAAUACGGCUCCUACGGUGUCGCUGUCGGUGUUCCCUUGCCCGAACGCAUGGCCCGCAGACAGGCUGCACGAUGUUCGACUUCUACUCUGAACGACAUUGAAGACGACUGGACCAGCGACGGUCGAUGGAACUUUGGUCUCCUCGGAUCAUUCGAUCGUCGUGCCCCCUUACCCAGAGUCCCCCAACACUCACCCAUACACCCUCCACGCGCACGUGGUGCUCGAGGCCGAGGCACCAUGUCCAGGGGCUAUCGAGGUCGCGGAGGCGGGGCUUACGGCUACCGAAACUCACCUGCCGACUCGGAAUAUGCCGUCUUACCACCCGUGCCUCCCAUGGGCCCCUACAACCCGUACGAGUACCACCGUGGUACAUGCCCGCCGUCCCCCCCAUGUGGCUCCCCUAUCCCCCUCCGCAACCUGCCCCCACCGGCGCACCCGUACUAUGUUCUCGGCCAGCUCGAAUAUUACUUCAGUAUCCAGAACAUGUGUCAGGAUUUGUAUUUGCGCCAGCAGAUGGACUCCCAAGGAUGGAUUCCCAUCUCCACAAUCGCCUCGUUCAAUCGUCUCCGAAAACUCACCGAUUUCAAUCUUGUCCGCGACACUAUGCACAUGUCCUCGCUUGUCGAGAUCUCCCCCGAUGGCGAAAAGGCAAGGAUGUCCCAUGGAGGCUGGGCCCAGUUUGUCUUGCCCGGUGCGCAAGCCGGCGACGCUCAAGUCGGCUCGUCCAGUGCGCAGGGUGUACCGGCGGUGCAAACUACGGGUGAACUGGGUCUGGGACUAGUCGGGGUCGAACAGACCAAGCAGAACAGCCGGAAUAAAUCAAGUACAUUAAACCCUAGCUAA